AUGGAAGCGCAGCAGAGCGGGUCUCUGGGUAGAGUGCUGUUAGCAUCUGUCUCAAAUAUUCGUUAUCCUGUGGACUUAGAUUUAAUACAUCAUCUCUUCUCGCGCUACGGAACAGUAGAAAAGAUAGUUAGCUUCUACCGCACUCCAAGUUUAUAUCAAGCAUUGGUGCAGUUUGCUCGAGUUGAGCAUGCACAAGAAGCACUAUUACAUUUAAACAAUAGAAAUAUAUACGACGAUUGUAACACGUUACAGCUGCAAGCUUCGCGUUUGUCUGAAUUAGUAGUAAAAGCAAACUCAGCUAAGUCUUGGGAUUACACUCAAAGUGCUGCAGGGCCUGGAGCUUCAAGCUCAUCAUUAAUAGAGCAAUAUCCGUUUAAUCAUCAUCAGCAGCAGCAGCAGCAACAGCAGCAGCAGCAGCAACAACAACAACAACAGCCCCAGCAGCAUCUAUUACAAUCCCAAGCAGCAGCAGCAGCAGCAGCAGCAGCAGCAGCACCAAGAGCUCUAUAUACACCCUAUGGUGGACUAAGACCUUCUUUAACCCCCCCUCUUUGUUUUUCUCCUGAGAAGCUACCUCAAGAGUUGCGCGAUCUUAACUUUGAGUUUGCCAACCCUUCACAGACGCCUGUAAUUAUUGUUUAUAAUAUACCCUCAUCUGUCUCUAUUCAAAUGCUCUUUAAUUUAUCCAGCUUGUAUGGAGUUGUGCUUCGAGUUAAAAUAUUAAAAGAUAGGCCGGACACCGCAUUAAUACAAUAUGCACUUCCUUUCUACGCAACUAUCGCCCAGAGACUCAUGAUGGGAGUGUUGUGUGAGGGCCAGGAGCUGCAGGUAACGCUUAGCCGCAACAAAGAGGUUCGGCUGCCUUCAAGCACAGCAGCAGCAGCAGCAGCAGCAGCAGCAGCAGCAGGAGAUGCAGCAGCAGUGGAAGACGAGAAGAGGACAGUUGCCUUCACAAUGAAAGACCAAAGAUAUGGGGGAGAAGACGUAGACAAGUACCUGAAAGGUGCAUGCAGACCCACGCGAAUGGUUUUCGUCGCGAACUUGCAUGAAGAAGCAGCAGCUGAAGAUGUUGCUGCAUUGUUCAAACGAUUCGGCGAAGUAUUAAAGUUAACUUUCAAGAAGCCAAAGAACGAAGCCUCCAAGACAAAACUCUGCAUUAUGGAGCUCGAAACUGAAGAAAGAGCUCUGAGUGCUGUGAUGCAUUUGCAUAACUACGAGUUUAUGGGUCGAUCAUUAAAGGUGGCCUUCUCUAAGAGCGUCAUUUAA